UUGGACAUUGCGGAGGAAUCUUCAGUUUCGACGUCGUGUCUGGUGUGUAUACUUUGUACAUAUAAAUACGAAUACUGGACCUCUAUAUCCACUUUCAUGGGUGUUAACAACUUUCGAAGACUUUGGCCCAUUGGCUAUCAUGUUUCCUUCACGAUGUCUUGAGCAAAUUCCUGAGGAAAGUUCUGGCCAGCGGCUCCAACUGUAUUGAAAACUACGAGUCUCUUACAAACAUACGUGAAAAACGAAAUAGCAUAAGAACUGUAAGAAGCAGUUUUAACUGAAAAAUCGAGUCAUUUGAGACAGAGGAUUGGAGACGCUCGUUGUCGAAUAUCGAACCAGGCCAUCAUGGACGUUGAGGCAGCGCUGCUGGAGAACUCUCCAACACUGUCGACGAUCUCGUCGGAUUGCACCGACACCACAUAUUCCGGACCCGGUUCGCCCUAUUCCCCGGAAUCGCCGAUCAUCGUCACCUCCUCGUACAAGAAGACAAAGGAUGACGAGAUCACGCCUAGACCGACGCCCAGGCACCCGCUACCGCCCCGGAAGCCCAACUUCCGGAUACGACCGCCCUACCUUAUGAUCUGUAUCAGCAUCAUAGAGAUAGCCGUUCACUGCCUGGGAGACGAGGCGACGUUGCGCAGGUGGUUGGUCUACGAUCCACGUCAGAGGGUGCAGGGCUGGAGGUUCGUCUCGUACAUGCUGCUGCACUCGAACGCGCUUCACCUUGCGUUGAACGUAGUCAUCCAACUGGUGCUCGCCACUCCGCUCGAGGUGGAACAGGGUCGAAUAGGGGUGGCAACCAUCUACUUAGGAGGUGGUGUUUGCGGAGCCCUUGGAGCAUCUCUUCUUCAACCGAGCCUCUUCCUGGUCGGCGCUUCUGCGGGUGUCUAUGCUUUACUUACCAGUCAUCUGGCGCAUCUUUACCUGUGUCACGGAGAACUCCGCUACGCCGGCUGGCGUCUAGGUGCCGUGUUACUCUUAGCAAGCGCAGACGUGGCGUCACUCCCAAUUCCAGCACUGCUCGGUUGCGGUAGAGUCGGAUGGGCAGCUCACGUGGCUGGCGCCCUGGCAGGACCACUCCUAGGGCUGGCAGUGUUCCCGAAUCAAAGCAAGAAAGACGCUAGAGGACGAAGAUUCGUGAGGUUCGUGCGACUUCUAAGCGCGAUCAGCGUGAUGCUGCUCGUGGUCGGCGCUAUUUUGGGCAACAUCUACGUGAUCGCGUUGCCACAGCUCAGGAAGCCCUCCUGACAGAGGAUCGAGCUGCUCGUCAAGCUCUGCAGACGGUCCUUCCUCAUCGUCAAGAUCAGGGAGGCCGCCGAGAGCGUUUUCGAGUAGGAAAUCGCGCAACUCGCUGGCAAUGGGAAAAUUUUUACGACGUUGCUCGGACCCAGGGAAAGAAAUGAUCGUCGUCGAAGUUGGGAUCGCGUGAAAUUAUAAGAAAAGAAAAAGGAAGAGAAUUGGAAGAUAACGUUAAAGACGAAAAACUUUCGAAACUAAAAUUUCUUGAAUUUGGAAGCAAAAAUAAUAUGGAACUGUAAAUGGAACUGAAAAGCGUCGUUGAAAAGAUAUGUCGGCGAAUGUAUUACGGUGACGUGAGGAUUUGUAGAUUGAUAUUGCGUGGAAGAAAAAUUGUUGUUCGAACUGCGCAAAUGGGUGAACAAUUAUAUGGAAGGAAAAAUAAAACGUUGGAUAUAAAUGAAACGGAACGGAAAAGCAUCGUGCGCUGUUAAAGAGCAAGUGGUUGAUGUACAACGUGGGCGUAGAUCGAUUGGAGCAGCUACUCGCAGACUGUUGUUGCGAUACGCGUGGAAGAACAAAUUUUGUAAACCGUGCAAAUGGGUAAACAAUUAAACGAAGAGAAGAGUAAGAAGCUCGUGGGAGGUAUUACGAUUGAAGACUAUUUGCAAGUCGUUGUUGCGAUACGCGUGGAAGAAGAGAUGCUUCGAACUGUUCAGUUGAGUGAAUAAUUAAAUUGAAGGAGUAGAAGGCUUCUUAUUUGUAGCGAUUGUCGGAUAUAAAUUGAGAAGAAGGAAAUUGAAGAUGGAUGGAAAUGUAUCUAUCGAAGCAGGAAGAAAGCAGAAGAGGGACAAAGAUACAUGUACGUUAAUCUUAUUAAGAACUUGGCUAAACUUAGAGUUUAUCAAGCCGAGAAAAGCGUGCGUUUAAUUACAAAAGGAGAAAUACUUUCCGCAACAAAUAUUUAAAUAUUUAAGGGAACGAAAAUCGCUGAGGAAUUAAAACGGUCCAGCGAUUUCUAUCGAAAUAAUAUUUACCUUUACCGAAACUGCCAGAAGAGAACCACUCACCGAAUGAAUCGCCUAAAAUAGAUAAAAAUAAAAAUAAAGAAAAAGCAAGAUCAAUCGAUCAACCAAAAAAAAAAAUAAAUAAAUAAAUAAAUAAAUAUAAAAAGCGAGAGCAAUCUAAACCAAUCUUAGGGAGAGAAAGAAGGAAGAAAAUUGCCUGAAAUUCCAGCUGGCUCGAUUCAAGUUUCUUCGACUGUAUCGACAGGAAUGAUCAAGGGUCUGCUUUUCGAAAGAACUAUAGCAUCCUGUCUGUGUUUAGUAUACUUCUCUGCAAGGUCUAGCCGUUCUUCAAUUUCUACCUGAUGUAUUCGGCUAGCGGAAAGCAGCAGAAAGAUAUUCUGGAAAUUUACGUUGGCCAAGCUGUCUCUAAUCGUGGGAUUACGAGAGGUCGUUGCUCGUGGCCAACGUUUGUUCCAACGGUUGACGAAUCGACGUCGUUUCGACGAAGAAUGGACGCGUCGUAUAAAUCGCUUAUAUCGCGAUUCUUUAUUGCACUCAUCAAUGUUAAGACGCCAAGAUGAAUAGGAAACUUCGACUUGACGCUUUUUGGUGUUUGUUUGGAUGAAAGCGGAGGAGCUGGAUUCUGAAAGAGGCGUAGAAUUCCAUUUGGAGAUGGAUGUAGAACUCUCGAUUGUACACCUUCGACGAUUGAAAAGAAGCGAGAAGAAGGAAUUGACGGGACUGGGAUUGUUUAACGGUGAACGUAGAACUUUUAAUUGCACCCUCGGCGAACGGAGAAAAGAUAGAAAGAAGAAAUUGAAAGAGUUGCACCGUAUAAUGACGGGAUCAGUAAGUUUGACCGUGUGUUUGAUAAAUAGCAGAAUGUUGAAAGUAGAGAUUAAGGUAACUACUGAUUUGGUUCUUCGAUAAUGCGUGCCAUGUGAAACGAUGGAUUUGGUUGUUCAACUUUAGACCCCUUAACUUUCAACGAAGGAGGAAUAAAUUGAAAGGAGAAAUUGAAGGGAAUAGAUCGUCGAGAGUUAAAACUUGGUGAUAUAGUUUCAAUUUACUUCAGUUCCUAGGUGGAUGAAGAACAGAUUGAAAUCGGAAGUUAGACAGUGUUCAAUAAUGAGUGUGAUCGAUAAUAAUAAAAUACUCUUCGCUGGUUACUCAGUGGCUAUGCAGAAAAGAUCGGACGAAAGUUGAAGAAAAUAGACUGUUGGAAAAUAAAUUUCGUGUAUAAUUUCAAUUUUCUUUUUAGUUCUCGACGGAUGAGAAAGAGAUUAAAAGCAAAGGUCGAAGAAAGCAGACUAUUCAAAGAUAAACUGAUACGAACGUUCGACCUUAGCCCUUGAUAGAUAAAGGAAAAAUGUUAAAAGCAUAGCUUUUCGCACUUUUGCUGUACAUUUAGCGGACGAAGAAAACAUGAAACGUUCGUCUUUCUUAGGCAAAAGAAACGAUAGAAGGAAAAGUCAAAAAGAUUAAAGAAGUUGGACUUCUUAAAGAUCGCUGUAGAACUUUAGACUGUACUUGAUGUAAAGAGAAACUGUACAAUCGAGUGGAGAAUCAAAGGUAUGAAUCUUGUUUUGUGUUCUCGUUCGACGAAACGGUGAGUGAAAGACUGAUUCGUGAAAGUUCGAAGGUUAGAGAGAAAGAAGAGCGUUUAAUAGGUGGAUAAGAUGAUUUUGUUGAAUCGAAGCGUUCAGGACAAUGGCACGAGAACUGUAGCGAAUGAUGUCGAUCGGCAGAUAGUUGCCGAGGCGACGACUGUACAAUUGACUAGUAGUAAGCCUGAAAUCCGUUGAUUGGUAACGUAUUGGUAGACCGUUGUUCCUGGUUGCACGAAAAUCGAUGAACAAGAGAGACAUUACGCUGCGUGUACUUUUCCAAAAAAAAGUCGUUUUUUAAGUUCACUUCAUUUAUGAACACAUGGAAUAAUUUUUUCAGUCAAGAAAUACCUGUUGUACAAAUUACAUGCUGUAAUUUCCAAGCUUUUCCCCUAUUUUCUCUUUUUUUCAUUAUCGAAGAAUCCUUAAAUGCUGAAGCUCUAAGAUGAAAACAGAGUUUCCUGUUGAAGAACAAUUUUCCUCCUUAAAUUAUGUAUUUUACUCUAGCAAAUUUGCUAUCAAAGAGUAAUACUUUCACGAUUAUAGAAAAAUGUCUUGUAAUUGCUAAUUGAGAGCAAAGAUUGAUUUCUAAACAACUAAUUUUAAUCAAAUUUAAUCAGUCACGUUUAGAACGAUUUAAUAAUUGUCCUUCGUACUUGAACGUCUACUAUUAGAAAUUCCUUUGUUAAUUAGAAAUAUCUUUAAUUCGACAAUUUUAUUAUCUUGGCGAUUUGAAAAUUAACGUUCGUUGAUUUUUGUACGUAUCCAGGAAUAAAUAGCGAUAAUUAGUCGAUAAGGAUGUUCUAAGGUAAUUCUUCGCUAUAAAGUAACGAUUAAAGUAACGAUAAGUUGGGUAUUCGUUAUUUAAAAAGCGGCUGCGAACGACGAAUUCCUCUUAUCACUCUUUUUUCCCAGCCGAUACCGUGGAUGAAACCGGGAGAGAAAAUUGCGCGACUCGAGAAAUGCAUUUCACGAUCCCUCGAUUCGUCGUCCCAACGAUGCGUUUUCCCGUUAAGGUGGAUGGUCGUCGAGUCGAGGACGUCGUUGUCGUCAAAGAUGACGCGUCGCGGAACGACCUGAUUUCCUUCUGAAAAAUCGCACCACUACCAUUCGAAAGUUAUAUGUCUCGAUCCACUAUAAUUUUUCGCGUUCAAAUCGUUUUAUAUUCAAAAAUUUAUUUCCUCUUAUCUAUCUGUGGUUUUCCUUGCUUUCGAGUUUCGGAAUAUUAUAUCGUAGAUUUACACGCGUGAAUUUUAAUUAAAACGCAAUGUUAAUUGUCCAAAGUAUUCUCCCAAUAUUCUUCCAAUUUCUUGAACUUUCCUUAGACUUUGUUUUUACGCAUUUUCAUCUUUGAUUCUCAUUAUGUAUUUUCAUCUGUCGUAGUUGCUAGAUCAGAUUUACUUCUAGCGCUUUUUCAAGUACUUUUCGUGCGCAUUCGAUUUACCCCCUUUGCGCUCCGAUUCUUUCAUUUGGCUAUCGCUACGUUAAAAUGUUGCUCGUCUGUCUCAGAAAGCAAAUGUAUUCUCGAUUAAAAAAUCAGGACGUAGUCUUUUACGUAAUUCCAUAAAUAAAUUGCCACUUUGCAUCUGUUAUCGCUCGUGUGAUAUUCACGAGCCUAAAUUCGAGGAAGUUCUUCUAAAAUAUGCUUAAGGACAUGACCCAAGUUUCCCAAAACGGGAUCAAAAUUAACUUUCUAAACUUCCAAAUUUACAAACACUGCCAGUGUACCGUCCCCCUAUAACACAGACGUACGCAAGAUAAUUCCUCCAUAAUGGAAGAUUUCUCUAUCUUGAAUAUUUCUAUGGUUUACUAUAAAUAAUAGAGAUAGUAAUUCUAUCGUAGAGUUAAUAUUGAUUUUUAUGUAAUGUGAUACUAUAAAGAAGAGAGAAAGAGAUGAAUGAAAAGACAGGAGGAGAUGGCAUUUCGUCCUGGAGCUACUAAUGGACUCAUUAGUAAGGUUUCCCAGGAGGCUCGUGCCUUAGACACGAGGACAGUACGACGGAGGUGACACACCGCGCUCCUCUGACGAUUCAGAGGACGCAUUUGCAUGAACAGGAUGCUUAGGCGACGAAUUUCAGAGAAUUGCCCUGUUGCCACGAAUUUCUCUGACGGCGAGUGUACAAGGACCACCGCAAUACAGUUUCCCAACUGACCACUAUUUUCCCUCAAUAAUGAAUCACUCGUGUCUUCUUCUUCCUCAUCUUCUGCGAUUCUUCAUCUAUAAUACGAAUACUCGAUAGAAAUUGACUGAUUUUUCUCCACUAUACAAAACCUUAAACCAUCUUGCUCGUUGCAUUGUUUGAAAGAAACAAUUUUGUUGAUACACUGCCCAUACCGGUGAUCUUUAAAUUUAAUUAAGAUUUAAAUUAAGAACCCCUGGGAUUCUGCCUCUUCGAUCGUGUUCAUAAAACUACCAGUUUGCGUAAAUAUCACCAAAGGACCAAGGAGUAUUCAGCUUAUCGUAACCUUAUGGACGUUUCAAUUUCUAUAAAUUUCGUACAAUUGGCGAAUUUCAGCUGAAUCGCUGCAAUUUUUUGUUCUUAAUAAACAAUUUUAUCGAUACACUGCCUACAUCGGUAAUCUUCGCCACACGCAUAUAUUUAUUCACUCCACCGUGGUCCAACAUAUUAAAAGAUGAAACAAAUCUUUUCAAUGAUUAAUUUAAACUAAGAUUUAAAUUAAGAACCCUGGAAUUCUGCUUCUUCGAUCGUGUUCGUAAAACUACGAGUUUGCCUAAAUAUCCAUCAAAGGACCAAGGGGUAUUCAGCUUAUCGUAAUCUUAUGGACGUUUCAAUUUCUAUAAACUUCGUGCAAUUGGCGAAUUUCAGCUGAAUCGCUGCAAUUUCUUUCUAUAAUAGCGAUAUUAAGAGAAUACAAAUUUUAUAACGUAACUUUACCCCCCCAAAAAAUAUUCCAAAUGAGAUAUCGCGUCAACGUUAUCAUUCAAACUUAAUUUGCUGAUAACCAAAACGAUCUGUCUUUUGAAAAUUCCCAUCUUGAAGUCGUCGAACCCUACAACUUCGAGAAUUCGUAAUCAAAAUUAACGUUUCGAAAGCGAAUCUCCGUAUCGCGAUCGGUAACUUGAGUCAUGCGACACGUUCAAAUGAAAGACGCUGCCGCAAAGGUGGAGAGAGCGCAAAGGGGUUGCUACUCAGCCUGUUCUCGGCAACUUGCAGCCAGAAAUCAGUCGAGUAAUCCUAUCCCACUGAAUCGAUCGGUGAGAGUGUAUCAUUCGCGAGUAUGCGAUGAAAGAAUAGAAGAGACGGCGGAAUAGGAGAAUUUAAUGGAGGUAAACGCGCGCAGAAAAUUCCGAGAAGCGCGGAAACGACGCGUGGGGUGUUCACGCGUACGCGAGUGCGAACGUGGGCAGAAUUUCGAACGCGGCUCUUAGUUGCUUCUCCUUGCCCCGCGCUCUUAUCGCGUAUCCUUUCUUUUUCCACGUCCAGAGCAGAGAAAUUAAAAAUCUCCGUUGCCACGUGCGCUUUUACAUUUACGACGCCGUAAUCUUUAAUUCUAUGCGGAAAGUGUUUUUCCGCGAUUCUCGCUUCUAUGAAAAUUCCACGGCAAUUUCACCUCUUGUCUCGCGACGUCAAGUCAUAAACUAUGCGAAAAUUACAGAUUUGAUUCGACAAGAGAAGGUUUCGUAAUGUUUGAAACAAUGGAUGGUUGGGAUUUUCAUUUUGGUUUCAAACCUGCAGAUUGUGGAAAUUGUGAACUUAUCUUUUAUCGAUAGGUGUUGUUAAGAUGUUGCGCUGGUAUUGAUGGUUACGUUAAUCUGAGACAAUUUUUGGUGGAAAAACACGUAUUAAUUUAUUAUAAUUCGAAUUAUUAAGAUCGUAAGGGAUCGUAAGGGGUUAAGCGAGAGUGGUUGCACUUUUAUCGGUUAAUUAACCCUCUAUAAUCAUCGCCCGUUUUGUUUUUCUUUUAGUUUUCGUAUAUGAUAAAAGAGGUUCCAGUUAAUCGUUGAGUUUUUGUUUCAAUGUAAUAAUUAUUUACUUAUAGGAGGCUAAAAAUUAUUACUAAUAAAUUGUUUAACAGUCGUUUUCUAAGAUGAUCGUUUGAUGGCUUAAGGAAAUAGAGUAAGAUUUAGAGAGUGUAGAUAUAUGAGUAAACAAUUUUUGAGUCUCAAUUUUACGGUGUUAUAGAGGGUGGAAGGAAUUUAAUUAGUGUUAUCUGUAAGAUUGUAAUUGUUACGUUUGACAAUGGAAUUUUUGGCGAAGGAAUUGUGCAAUGGAAGAGGAUAAUUACUGUGAUCAGUAAUGGAAAAUUCGUUCGAGGAAUUGGCUAAUUAAUCGAAGUAUGCGUGUGAUGAUAGAAGAGAAAUGGGAAGAGAAAGUAAUUAUUAUCACCGACUAUUUUACUAAAAAUAAUCGACGGACUAAGAAAACGACUCGUAGUUGAAGUUUCAGGCAACAAAUUGCCCGUCGACCAAUUCUUGUGCAAUAGAACAUGGACAGAGAAAAGGGAUGAAAGGAUCAGAUCUUUGAAGGCUGUUAGGGGAUAAGAAGCGCUGUUAAAAUGCUCUUCCUUGGAUUCUUUUCAUCAAAUCCAGAAAACGUAUCGUUGAUUUUCAAGAAUUCCGAUUUUCAACCGAUUCGUAGCAAAAAGAGCCGGGACGAGAAAAGAAUUUCCGCGUCUCUAACGAAAAGAAACGAAAAGUUGGUGAAUUUAAGUGGAAAAUCUCGGAUAAAACGUCUAAUUAAUUUUGUUAGAAGCUCGUUGAGAAUUUUAAACGGUGGAAAAGUAAAUCGAAGAUCUUGAAAACCGGCUGGAUACGAACGAUAAAAAGGAAUCCAAGCUUCUCGGGCAAAUGGAAAGAAUAUUCUCGUUCGGGAGCCCGAUUUAUAGUUUAAUCGCGUUUCCUUUGGUUAAGCCGCGACGAUGCAUUAACGAUGCUGCCAAAACCGGAAUACAAUACAUUUAUAACUGUACGUAGUACUUACUCGAUAGUAAAGUAGCGCGCCGAAUCGUGUUCAGAUUACCCACAAAUUUUCCAAAAUUCGUCUUUUCGUAUCUACGUCUCGAUGAAACGUGCCAUCGAUAAUACAAAAUUCGCAAAACAAAUUUUUCAAAUAUUUUCAUCGAAUAACAAUUUAUCCCUGUCCAUUGAUUUUGUUCCCACGUAUCACCAAAGAUAAGAGAGAGAAGUGGCUGCUCCGUUAGACAAUAAGAUUUACGCCCGAGGUAUUUUUGUUCUUUCAUUAUUCAAAUAAUAUUAUUCAGGAAAAUAAUCUUUUAAGGUGAUAAAAGAACGUCGAAUCAAGAAGCGGAAAGAUCUCAAGGACAUUUGUAAAGUCAACCGCUUUUCACCGUAAUUUUCAAUGACGAUUAUUUGUGGGCAAUCCGAAUGGAAGAAGAUGUGUUCUCUCCGGCAAUUUAGUCGAUCACUGUACCUAUGUAUUUGUUUAUCGAUAUCAUUAUACACUUACAGAUAUACAGACAGGUAUACAGACACACACGAGGCGAACUGGCUGUGAUUAUGUUAGUGUUACGAAACCUACGUCGACACGAUUAAUAAUUAUAAUAAUAAUAAUAAUAAUAAUAGUAAUGAUAAUACGAAUAUAUCUGUAAAUACAACCGACUAAUUGGAUAUAAAUAUAAAUACGAUUAUAUACGCUGUGAUUUGAUCACGGGCAUAUUUAACGGAGGGUUGUCACCUCUCCACUGUGUAUCGAAACAAUCGAUUGCCUGCAAUAAAGUCGAAAUCGUUCCACGAUU